UAAAUUCAAGAGUAGAGGGGCUUUUAUGUUGGAAAUACUAACCGGAAGUCAUCUGGAUAUCGUGUGACUUGACCUUUUCUUCAGGUUGAAGCCAGCGAUGGUACUCUUUGUUAAGUAACGUGGUGGUAAACGUUGCUUUCAGACAAGAUUUGCUCAUUUAAAUAGCCGCUGUCGCCGUGUCUGCCGUCAUUUGUUCAUACAAGUUAAAGAAGCGGUCGAACUUCGCUUGUGGGACUACUUAAAUCGCAGUUCGCUGACGCUGGUGUGUUGGCUGCAGUUCGAGGGGGGAUGUCUCUUCACGGCAAAAGAAAAGAAAUCUACAAAUACGAAGCGCCAUGGACGGUGUACGCCAUGAACUGGAGCGUCCGUCCGGACAAACGGUUUCGGUUGGCUCUCGGCAGCUUCGUGGAGGAAUACAACAACAAGGUUCAGCUGGUGGGUCUGGAGGAAGAGAGCUCAGAGUUUGUCUGCAGGAACACAUUUGACCACCCUUACCCCACCACCAAGAUCAUGUGGAUCCCAGACACGAAGGGGGUCUAUCCAGACCUGCUGGCCACCAGUGGGGACUACCUGCGCAUUUGGAGGGUCAGCGACACAGAAACACGUCUUGAAUGUUUGCUGAAUAACAACAAGAACUCAGACUUCUGCGCUCCCCUCACCUCCUUUGACUGGAAUGAAGUCGAUCCUAAUCUACUUGGUACUUCCAGUAUUGACACCACCUGCACAAUCUGGGGGUUGGAAACCGGCCAGGUGUUGGGACGAGUUAACCUUGUGUCUGGACACGUGAAGACCCAGCUGAUCGCCCAUGACAAAGAGGUGUAUGACAUCGCGUUCAGCCGUGCAGGAGGUGGCAGAGACAUGUUCGCCUCUGUUGGAGCCGAUGGAUCCGUCCGCAUGUUUGACCUGCGACACCUCGAGCACAGCACCAUCAUCUACGAGGACCCCCAGCACCACCCGCUCCUCCGUCUCUGCUGGAACAAACAGGACCCCAACUACCUGGCCACGAUGGCCAUGGACGGCAUGGAGGUGGUUAUCCUGGACGUACGCGUGCCCUGCACUCCAGUGGCUCGGCUGAACAACCAUCGCGCUUGUGUUAACGGCAUCGCGUGGGCACCGCACUCCUCAUGUCACAUCUGCACCGCAGCUGACGACCACCAGGCCCUGAUCUGGGACAUCCAACAGAUGCCACGGGCCAUCGAGGACCCGAUCCUGGCCUACACCGCCGAAGGCGAGAUCAACAACGUGCAGUGGGCCUCCACGCAGCCGGACUGGAUCGCCAUCUGCUAUAACAACUGCCUGGAGAUCCUGCGUGUGUGAAGUCACGGAGAAGGAGCGCCAUUUCAGAUGUGGACUUUUUUUUUUUGCCGUUCUCAUUCCUACGUUUUUAAGACGAGGAUGAGGUGUCGAGUGAACUCUCUGAAUGUGUUUGGAAUAUUAAACACCUGCUCCGCAAUAACCUGGUUUACAAUGUUUUUUCCAUGUCUUUACUGUUAUAUUAACCGUGUUUAAGCACUUAUUUAUUUUGCUCACAUGGUAGUGUUCAGCAGCUGGAAGAGACACGAGUGCUUUGAGCUGCUGCGUAUGAAAGUCCGAUUUUUGUACUCCUCGGUGUGAUUUGUAGCCAGCCGUGUGAUAUUCAUGAAGGGUUUACCUUCCUUGUACAUUUCAUCUGUUUCCUUUCUAAAGGUUGAUACCAGCUACUGUAGGUGCCAGAAGAUGGCCUCUCUAAUAUGUAGGAAUAUGUUGUAGCCUUUCUCGUGAAUGCAUACCUUCUUAUCGAUAAUUCGAGGAUUAAUAUAUUGCAGUCUUGUUUACCCUUGUGGCAAUUAAAGCUGUUAAAUUUGGGUGUAUGUACUCUCUUCAGAUGACUGUGCCCAGCCUCAAGCUUGUGACUGGUGCAACUUUUCGAAAAAUGUAAAAUAACCUGAGAGGGUUCAUGUUGUCACUGCAGUGGUGUGUCAUCAUAUGUUGUGUUUUAGUUCGGCUGGCGAUGCUGUGAAGCAACCGUGUACAGCAGCACUCAAAACCUACCAGAGCAAUGUUGUUCAACCUUUUAUUGCCCCCCCCCAAAUUAUUCAAUUAUUCUCCUCUUUGUCUUAUUUUUACAUGUAGAAAGUUGUGCUUGGAAAGCUGCAUUUUUUUUCAUGCGCGUGAGCUGUAAAAAUGGGAGGAAACAACUUUCUGACUGUUUAUGUCUGCCUCUUUUUUUGUUGUUGUUUUCAGUAAUUAAAGGGUCAUGUCCUUGUAGCAUGCCAUUACAAGGCAAAUUGUACAUACAUAUAAAUAUAUCAACUCAAGUUGUUUGUAAGACAAGUGUUCAUGCCGUAGUUUUGUUUUCUUUUCAUAAAGUUUAAUAUGGAAUUUACUCAAAUAAAUUGUAUUCCUCCAUGUCUUACAAACUAA